AUGGCUUCCUCCAACGGCCUCGCUUCGGACCGCCGCAAGUCGCGCAAGGCGCACUUCGCCGCCCCUUCGGGCCUCAAGCGCAAGAUUAUGUCUUCGCCCCUCUCGAAGGAGCUCCGUGCCGAGCACGGUGCCCGCUCGAUCCCCGUCCGCAAGGACGACGAGGUUCUCAUUGUCCGCGGCAAGUACAAGGGCCGUGAGGGCAAGGUCACCCAGGUCUACCGCAAGAAGUGGGUCAUCCACGUCGACCAGGUCCACGUCGAGAAGUCGAACGCCGCCACCGUCCCCAUCGGCAUCGCUCCCUCGAACGUCGUCAUCACCUCGCUCAAGAUACAACCUUCACAAGAACUCGUGCUGACUUCCUCGCGGCUCGACGCUGAUCGCAAGGCGAUCCUCGCACGCAAGAGCGCCAAGAAGGCCGAGACCAAGGCCGAGUAG